AUGGCAUAUCCAUCUUCAAGUGGUCUUACUGAGCUCACGUCAGAGAAAGAACAGAAGCAAUGGACAAAGGAUCGUGAGGACUGGUUGCUGUUACGUACCAGAGAUGGUAUCGUACCACUAUCAAAACGUGGACUUUCAUUGAAUGUCACGUCAGGGAACAAUGCGGACAUUCGUUCGGUGGACGUAACGAAGUUUCCUCCGGUCGCCGUUUCAAUCUUCCUGAAUAACUACGUUAGAGGCGAACAUGUUGUUGAACAAGUAUCCAUACGAGAUUUAGCUGCACUCAUCUAUUUAGCUCAAAUAUUCGGCGAAUACAAUCUACUUCGUCGAAUCAACCAGUGUCUCAUCCGUUGCGCCAAUCAAAGCGAUCGUGAUCUUUGUCUGUGCUAUGUUGUCACGAGUGCAUGUGGCCUUCCGCUUAGAAAAUCGCUUGCAAGAAUAAUCUGCAAAAAGUUUGAUUCCAUUCAAACAACGUUAUGCGAAUGUGUUGAAGAUUCUGAAAUGUUGAUUCCUAUACUUGAAAGUUGCGAGCUCAGUGUCACCAGCGAAAAAAUCGUCGUAUCAUUCAUCAUCGAUUGGUCUUUACUCUAUCAUAUAAACAGGGAACAGUGUCUCCAGCUGUUGAAUUGUACUCGAAAAACAUUUCUUUCACCAGGGGAUUUGAACCAGUUGGCCAUCUACGUGGAACAAACUGGUGUUCAUGAGUUUCCUCGACCGGACGCCAGUAACAUUUCUUUUCAUCCGGACCAGGCCCUAGAUUCGCCAAGUGAUUACCCCUUCCCCGAAGAACACGAAAAGCAUAAAACUAUCGAGGAAUUCGUGAAGAAAUCUGACCAACGAAUCGGCGUUACCCCUGUGGAGCAUUUAAUGUCGUUUAGAGCUGUUUACGAUUUGAACUUCAUCGACAAUUUCGUAGAUGUUGCACAUAUUUUACAAUUGAGAGAAAAUAGUAUUAGUGUUGCAUGGGCAGAAUACCUUUCCAAUCCGCAUUCAAAUAUAUGCUGGAAUACCAAUCAUAUUAUGUAUAAAAUGCCGAGAUGUGGUGCAGGACCAUUUAGAACUCAAUCCUCGUCAUCAAAAGGAGGGACACAAAAGAAACGUGUAACAUUUCUAACCGAUAUACAACCGAGCACUGAAACACGAAGAAGCCCAUCGUGGACGGCUCGUAGGAAUCUUCACCUGCAACCACCACGCCUACGGAAAUCGACCAUAGUGAAAAAUGCGAUCGCUAAGGGAUUUUCCAAAAUACGACAGAAAUUCUCACGAAAUGCAAAUAAUUAA